AUGGCAAAAUGUUUGUUCUUCUCAGCUUUACGAGCCCAACUGGGAGUGAACGUUGGUUUUAAGUCAAUCGAGCUGAAACAGCGACAAAGACGUUUAAGAAUGCGGAAUUGUGAUCUCAGUCUGAAACUGAAGGAGAAUGAAAAGGCCCUUAAGAGGAAAGAGGAAUUAAGUCGAGACCAACAGGAAUUUCUCAAAAGACACGAAAGAGAACUUCAAGACCGUAAACUGAGGGAACGCGAUUUGGAGGCCAAGAAACAGGAGGAAUGGGAAAAUAUGAAUACUUCAAUGGAUGCCAACAGAAAUCGUCAGUUACAGAAUGUGAUGGCACAGAGCAAAAGGCAGGAGAUUGCAGCAAAACAUUUGGAAGAGUUACGACGUUUGGAGGAAGAGAGUCUUUCUAUCCAAGCAGCAAAAGCAUCCACAGAAUUAGAACUAGGACGAUCCAUGCUGGAAUCACUGAAGGAGUUUGAUGAAUCAGUCACGGGGUCCUUGCAAACUUUGCAGGAACAGGCUAAAUAUCGAUGUGAACUCGAUCAUUUUCGAAAUCUGAAGAAAAUUGUUGAAGAGAAUAGGAAGGCUUGUGACAUGGAAAUGGAUCGUCUUUACAUGGAGGCCUGUGCAAAGGAUGAUGUUAAAAGGAAUGAAAAUGCUGAAAUGAAACGUAACACGGGUCUUGAAAUCGGGAAAUAUCUCAGGGUAAGAUUUUGA